AUGUCCAAGUUGUCCAGUGUCGCCAAGACAUCCAUGAUGGCGGUUAGAGCCAGCGCAAAGAACUCCCUGAGAUUGGCUUCUGCUGCCUCCGGAACCAAGACUCUCACUGUCAGAGAUGCCAUCAACUCCGCUUUGGCCGAGGAAUUGGACAGAGAUGACGACGUCUUCUUGAUGGGUGAGGAGGUUGCUCAGUACAACGGUGCAUACAAGGUCUCCAGGGGCUUGCUUGACAGAUUUGGCGAGAGAAGAGUGAUUGACACUCCUAUCACGGAGAUGGGUUUCACCGGUUUGACCGUCGGUGCCUCCUUGGCCGGCUUGAAGCCUGUUUGUGAGUUCAUGACUUUCAACUUUGCCAUGCAAUCUAUUGACCACAUCAUCAACUCUGCCGCCAAAACCUUGUACAUGUCUGGUGGUAAGCAGCCAUGUAACAUCACCUUCAGAGGUCCAAACGGUGCUGCUGCCGGUGUUGCCGCCCAGCACUCCCAGGACUACUCCUCUUGGUACGGUUCCAUCCCAGGUUUGAAAGUCAUUUCCCCUUACUCUGCCGAAGACUACAGAGGUUUGUUGAAGGCUGCCAUCAGAGACCCUAACCCUACCGUUUUCUUGGAGAACGAGAUGCUUUACGGUGAGUCCUUUGAGGUCUCCGAGGAGGUCUUGUCCCCAGACUUUGUUCUUCCUAUCGGUAAGGCCAAGAUUGAGAGAGAGGGUUCCGACAUUACCUUGGUUUCGCACACUAGAAACGUUGGCCACUGUAUUGAGGCCGCCGAGACCUUGAAGGAGAAGUACGGUGUCAACGCUGAGGUGUUGAACUUGAGAUCCAUCAAGCCAAUGGACGUUCCUGCCAUCGUCAAGUCUGUCAAGAAGACCGGUCACUUGGUUACCGUCGAGGCUGGUUUCCCUGCUUUCGGUGUGGGCUCUGAGAUCUGCGCCCAGAUCAUGGAGUCGGAGGCUUUCGACUACUUGGAUGCCCCAGUCGAGAGAGUUACUGGCUGUGAGGUGCCAACCCCUUACGCCAAGGAGUUGGAGGACUUUGCCUUCCCAGACUCUGAGAUCGUCUUGAGAGCAUCGAGAAAGGUCUUGGGUUUGUAA